CAUGUACAAAGUUGAACAUCAAGGAAAGCAUGUUUGUAACAAAGUAAAACAUUCAUGUGGUAAACCGUGUGAUCUUGUUGAUAAGGGUAAUUGCCUGUUGGCAUGUUCCUUACAGAAAAGUGAUUAUCACUGUCCUAAUAAAUGUAUUAUACCGCAUGAUGAAUCGCAUAACUUACAUUGUUGUGAAAAUGAACUUUGUUCAAUCCAAUGUCCAAUUCCGAAUUGCCGAAAAAAAUGCCAAAGCAAUGAUCAUUUUCACUGGGAUUUGCAAGUGUAUCAUUUUUGUGGGAAUGAACAUCAGUGUCGAGAAUUAUGUGAAGAAUCUGGCAUAUGUAAAAUAACGACCGAACCCAUGGAAGGAUCUCGUGUGACAUUUACAAAGUAUAUUCAAUCAGAGGGUGGUUUUCAUUUUUGUGAUGCAAAGUGCCGGUUCUGUGAAUAUUUUUGGCACAUUCAAUUUCAUGAUACAAGGCAUGGAAAUAUGUCACAAAUUGCACAAAUUGAGUUAAUUAGAGAAGAUAAUGAACCUGAAUACGCAGGGUAUGAUAUACAUAAACAAUCAAAUGAAGAAAAUUCUGAUCAAGGAAAUGAUAGACGGCUUGUUAAUGAAAUAAGGAUUUCAUUUCUCAUGAGUUAUUCUGGGAACGAACAGGGUUUAAAG